UAAAAAAAAUAAAUGCCUAAAUCAGUUUUUAUUUAAAAUUUAAAAGGUUAUGUAUGUUUUGUAAUGUCACCCAUUCAUCCCAUUUGUUAAUUUAGUGUAUAAAGCCCCUAUAUUUCUACUACAUUAUAUAUUCUAGAUUACUUCUACAUUUGAAUAGCAAAGUGUUGACGCUUUGUUUGGAGUCAUGCUGGUACAACAUGUGACAAAGACAGCCAUGCUGUUGGAAAGGCGGUGAGCUGAACACCCAGAAUGCCUGUCACCUUUUCACUAAUUACUUUCCUACAGUCACGGUGCAGUCAGCCUCCUGUGGACGGCCUCGGCAGCAUGAAGCCUCCAGCAGGCCUUCUCUCUCUGUCUGUGUGUGUUAGCAUGCUUUCCUCUUCUCCUCUACCUCAUCUGAACCCUGCUGGUGAUCCAGGCUGCUUUAAGGUCAACAGCUGCAAAUGCAUCAUGAAGGACGGCAGUGGAGUGAUAAACCUGAGAGGCAUGGGAGACGCAGACGGUUUCUUGGGGCGUUUGAGGGCCGUCCCAGUGGACAACACGUCCGUGGACACGGAGAGCCUGUUUUCCUUCAGCCCCUGCCAGGUCUUCUCCCAGCCAGAGGACCUGAACCUGCCAGGAGGCGCCUGCUCCGGUGUUGCUGCCUGCCUCAUCGUCAGGUCCCCGGGGGCCAGGGGCCACAUCAGCCGCUAUGUGAACUAUGGGAUGCACGAGGGCAAUGAGUUCCACUACAACCAGACUCUGAAGACGCUGACCGUGUUUUACUUUGUUCACAGGGAACAGCCAAUGACUGCAGCCCAUUACCACUGCAGUCCCAACCAGUCCAUGUCCUCCCUCCGAGUCCAGGGCCUCAGUAGUCAGGGCCCCCUGCACAUCUGGGUGGAGAGCCCCUGUGUUUGUCCAAACGCCUGCGCUGUGGGGGACCUGGGUCUGGGCACCAUCUUCCUCAUCAUCCUCUCACUCAGCGCAGCUGCAUACUUCAUCCUUGGCUCCUGCGCUCUCCGACCGUUCCAGAGCAGCAGAUCAGAAGAGCCAGCAGAGUUUAGGUUGUCUUGUAAAAGGCAUCUGAGUCGAUGAUCAUCAGUGGUGAUGAUGUUUGACUUGUGCAUUAUGCAAUAAAACGAGAUUUUAAAACGUAACCAAAGCAGAAACAGUUAAAAUGCCGGGAUUCUGGGAUGAGAAAAAACUUUUUGGGGGUUGGGGGGUGGAGGACUACACUCAGCAGGAGCCACCCCUCAACCCCCACACACUCUUUGGUUGCUCUGUUGGUUGUAGUUGUGGGGAUUGGUCAGCUGUGUGCGUGUGUGUGUGUGUGUGCUGUUUCAGUCCCUUUUGGGGUGGGCAGUUGUGGGGGGUUGAGGGUUUGGGUGCACCUGCUAGACUGGUCCUGUAUGGGUCUGUGGCCCUGUUUCCAGAACUUGGACUGGUCUUCACUGGGGGAGGAGACAGUGGGUUGGAUUUGGGGGGAUCUGAUUGGACCGCAGGUUUCUGCCCCCAUGUCCUGCUGUUGGAGGCAUGGCUGCCCUAUGAGG